AAAAAAGAGAUACUUAACUGCCAUGUGCGGCAUGCAUCCCCAGCGCUACCUCCUCACCGGCCGGACACAUAGUAUGGCUAAGGAGGAGUCGCCAGAGAUGGCGAAGACAGCGCCGGUUCUGAGGUCAUUCGCGCUGUUGUUCAUGCACGCAGACGCGGUGGACGUGGCGCUGAUGGCGCUGGGCCUGCUGGGCGCCAUCGGCGACGGCAUGUCCAUGCCGGUAAUGCUAACUAUCAUGAGCCACGUCUUCAACGAUGCAGGCAGCGGCCCUGAUCGCCUCCAGCAGUUCAGCUCCAAGAUGAAUCAGAACGCGAGGAAUACCCUCUUCCUGGCUGCCGCAUGCUUUGUCAUGGCGUUCCUAGAGGGGUACUGCUGGACGCGGACGGCGGAGCGGCAGGCGUCGCGGAUGCGGCUGCGUUACCUUCGGGCGGUGCUCCGGCAGGACGUGGAGUACUUCGACCUCAAGGCCGGCUGCACGUCGCCGGAGGUGGUCACCGGCAUCUCCAACGACAGCCUGGUGGUGCAGGACGCGCUGAGCGAGAAGCUGCCCAACUUCGUGGUGAGCGUCACCACGUUCGUGGGCAGCUACGCCGUCGGGUUCGCGCUGCAGUGGCGGCUCACGGUGGUGGCGCUGCCGUCCGUGCUGCUGCUCGUCAUCCCCGGCUUGCUCUACAGCCGAGUCCAGCUCGGCCUGGCGCGCCGGAUCAGGGAGCAGUACAGGCGCCCGAGCGCCAUCGCCGAGCAGGCGAUCUCGUCGGUGCGCACCGUGUACUCGUUCGUCGCGGAGAGGAGCACCGCGGCGCGGUUCUCCGCCGCGCUGGAGGAGCUGGUACCGCUCGGCCUGAAGCAGGGGCUCGCCAAGGGCGUCGCCGUCGGCAGCAACGGCAUCACCUAUGCCAUCUUCGCCUUCAACAUUUGGUACGGCAGCCGGCUCAUCAUGCACCACGGCUACAGGGGCGGCACCGUCUACAUCGCCUCUGUCGUCACUGUACACGGAGGCGUAGCGCUAGGGUCGGCACUGUCGAACAUCAAGUACUUCUCGGAGGCAAGCGCGGCGGCGGAGAGGAUCACGGAGCUGAUCAAGCGAGUGCCCAAGAUAGACUCGGAGAGUGGCGCCGGCGACGUGCUGGAGAACGUCACCGGCGAGGUGGAGUUCAGGAACGUGGAUUUCUGCUACCCUUCGCGGCCGGAGACCCCUAUCUUCGUCAACUUCAGCCUGCAUGUGCCGGCCGGGCGAUCGGUGGCGCUGGUGGGCGCCAGUGGGUCAGGGAAGUCGACGGUGAUCGCGCUGCUGGAGCGGUUCUACGACCCGUCGGCCGGAGAGGUGACCCUGGACGGUGUCGACAUCCGGCGACUGCGGCUCAAGUGGCUGCGCGCGCAGAUGGGGCUCGUCAGCCAGGAGCCGGCGCUGUUCGCGACGUCGAUCAGGGAGAACAUACUGUUCGGCAAGGAGGACGCCACGGAGGAGGAGAUCGUAGCUGCGGCGAUGGCGGCCGACGCCCACAACUUCAUCUCGACGUUGCCGCAGGGCUACGACACGCAGGUGGGUGAGCGUGGUAUCCAAAUGUCUGGAGGACAGAAGCAAAGGAUUGCUAUUGCCAGAGCAAUCCUAAGAUCGCCUAAGAUCCUUCUUCUUGAUGAAGCCACUAGUGCACUAGACACGAAUUCAGAACGUGUUGUGCAUGAGGCACUUGAGUUAGCCUCCAUGGGACGAACUACUAUUGUUGUCGCACAUCGUCUCUCCACUGUUCGAAAUGCCAAUAUUAUUGUUGUCAUGCAGGCUGGUGAGGUUAAAGAAUUGGGAUCACAUGGUGAUCUCAUCGCCAACGAGAAUGGCCUCUAUUCAUCUCUUGUCCACCUUCAGCAGACCAGAGAUUCAAUAGACACCAAUAAGGUUGGUGGAACUACAAGCCAAAUUAUGAGCAGGGCUUUCACUACAGCUAGUAGGACAAGAUCAACAUGGUCAAUUUGUGAUACAAAACAUGAUGACAACAAAGAUAAUUCAAAUAUUCCUGUUCCAUCCUUCAUGACAAUGCUUAUGCUUAAUGCGCCAGAGUGGAAGCAAGCGUUGAUAGGAAGCUUCAGUGCAAUUGUGAUUGGAGGCAUACAACCAAUAUUUGCAUAUUCCAUUGGAAGCAUGAUGUUUGUCUACUUUUCAACUAAUCAUGAAGAGAUCAAGGAGAAAACAAGGGCUUUUGCACUUAUUUCCAUCAGCCUUGCAGUUAUUUCAUUCUUAACUAGUAUUGGGCAACAUUAUAACUUUGCUGCCAUGGGGGAAUUCCUAACCAAGAGGGUUAGAGAACAAAUGUUUGCAAAAUUUCUCACUUUCGAGAUUGGGUGGUUUGACUGUGAUAAGAACUCUACUGGUUCCAUAUGCUCACAACUUACCAGAGACUCCAACAAUGUGAGGUCACUCCUGGGUGAUCGAAUGUCUCUGGUCAUCCAGACAGUUUCUGCGGUUGUAACUACCUACUUGAUGGGUCUGGUUAUAGCUUGGCGUAUGGCCCUCGUCAUGAUAGCAUUACAACCCCUUACCAUUGUUUGCUUUUAUGCCCGCCGUGUCUUACUGAAGAGCAUGUCCAAGAAAUCAAAAAAUGCACAACAUAAAUGUAGUAAGCUAGCUUCUGAGGCUAUCUCUAAUCUUCGGACCAUAACUGCUUUCUCAUCCCAGAACCAUGUCUUGUGCCUCUUCGACCAAGCACAAGAUGGUCCACGCAAGGAAAGCAUCCGACAGUCCUGGUUUGCAGGUAUCAUCCUUGGCACCUCUAUGGGCCUUUUGAAAUGCACAUGGGCACUCACCUUGUGGUAUAGUGGUAUGCUCAUGGCUAGGCACUACAUUACAGCAAAGGCAUUCUUCCAAACCUUCUUGAUUCUAGUAACCACAGGACGUGUGAUUGCAGAAGCAGGUAGUGUUACAACAGAUCUUGCUAAGGGUGCUGAUGCAGUUGCUUCAGUGUUUGGCAUUCUUCAUCGAGAAACAAAAAUGGAUCCUGACAACCCUGAGGGUUAUAAACCAGAGAAGCUCAAAGGUGAGGUGCACAUUAGAGGAGUUGAUUUUGUAUAUCCAUCAAGACCAGAUGUGAUCAUCUUCAAAGGAUUCUCCUUGAGCAUCCAACCAGGCAAGUCAACGGCACUUGUUGGGAAAAGUGGUUCUGGAAAGUCAACUAUUAUUGGACUUAUAGAAAGGUUCUACGAUCCAACUAAUGGGGUAGUAGAGAUUGACCUUAAAGACAUCAAAACAUACAAUCUUCGUGCCUUGCGACAACAUAUUGGACUGGUUAGCCAAGAGCCAACACUAUUUGCAGGUACCAUUAGGGAGAACAUUGUGUACGGCACAGAAGCAGCUAGUGACGAAGAAAUUGAGAAUGCAGCAAGGUCAGCAAAUGCACAUGGCUUCAUUAGUAACCUCAAGGAUGGAUAUGAGACAAGGUGUGGUGAGCAAGGUGUUCAACUGUCAGGAGGACAGAAGCAGCGCAUUGCAAUCGCUCGUGCAAUAUUGAAGAACCCUACUAUCUUGCUAUUAGAUGAAGCUACUAGUGCAUUAGACAACCAGUCGGAGAAGGUGGUCCAAGAGGCAUUGGACCGGAUGUUGGUCAGAAGGACAAGUGUAGUGGUGGCACACAGGUUGACCACUAUUCAGAACUGUGACAUGAUUAUUGUGCUUGAUAAAGGAGUUGCUGUGGAGACAGGCACACAUGCAUCCCUCAUGGCCAAGGGUCCUGCCGGAACAUAUUUUGGAUUGGUUAAUUUGCAGCAAGGAUGCAACAAUUUGCAUGAAAACACAUUAGUUCCAGAUUUGCAACUCUGUUGAUUUUUCACUUUGUAUUAAGAAAUAAGCAAUAUUGCUCGGCAAACCAUUAAAACUAGGUGAAUAGCCCAUGUGUUGCUGUGGAAAAUAAGAGUGAAUUAUAACAUGUAUAUUAUAUAGACAUGUGCAUACCGACAAAAAUAAACCUCACAAAUAAGCACAAUAUCGACAAUGUCCUCACCAUCUUGCUGCUUUUGUAAUCCAUGCAUGUAUACAAAUCUACAUUAGUAAGAAAACAAAUGUGUUUCAGUUAAAAGUGAGUUCGUGCUA